AUGGUUUUUUCUAAUAAGAAGAAACGAAACCAGUAUAAAUUUUACUUUGAAGGCAGUAUUCUUGAAGAAGAUUCAAACUAUAAAUAUCUUGGGAUUGGCUUCAACAAAAAUCUAAAUUGGGAUGGUUGCAGGAAGAAGAGAAUCCUAGGUGGUUGGAAAGGUUGGUAUGCUCUUCAGAACAGAUGUAGAGAAGCGGAACUUCGGAAUUGGAAGGCCUCUCAAACUCUUUUGGGGCUUUUAGUUCUUCCUGUUAUUCUCUAUGGUUGUGAAUUAUGGGCCAGCAACACUUCAGGUUCACAGUGGAAGCAGAGCGAGCAAAUCCAAAAGCAUUUGAUAACAAGCAAGUUCAAGAUUAAAAAUACAGUUCCUUAUGAAAUCAUGUUGAGUGAAACUGGGGUUGCUCCUAUUGAAGCUAUUGUUAUGGUUCGUCUCAUUAGUUAUCUCAAAAGAAUUGGGACAAUGGAGGAAGGCAGAUGGUCUAAAGCGGUUUUCAAUGACACCUUGUGCAAAAGAAAGAAGACCUGGAUGCAACAAAACAUCAAAUGGUUGAGUAAAUGGAAUAUCUACCUAAAUUCGUGCCCCACAAAUAGUAAAGAGAUAAAGGCUUUUGUUAUGGAUAAGUUUCACAAGUGGGCUUGGGGUAAUGAGUUAGCAAGAAAGAAAAAAUAUUAUAUCACGAAGUUCAAUUCUGCUUAUGAUCAUCAUCAAAAAGCUUAUAUAAGGGCUUAUAUUUCGUGGAAAGCUAAGUGUAUUAUUGCUCAAUUAAGAACUAACUCUCAUCAACUCCAUAGUGAAAUUGGUUGUUGGAAAAGACCAAAAGAAACUUGGGAGGAAAGAGUGUGUAUUUUUUGCACAUCUGGGAAAGUUGAAACCGAAAAACACUUCAUUUUAGAGUGUGACGUCUUCAAAGAUGUUAGGGACAAGUAUAAUAAAUUAUUGACUGAGGGAUCUUGGUAUGAUCUUUUCAGCGAGGAUUUUGUCGAGAGGUUGGGGCCACUUGUCAGUAUUCUACAUAGAAAGCGGGCAGAUUUGCAGAAAUCAGUUAGAUCUUAUGUGUUGUCUCAUAGACUUUGUUAA